AUGGUAGUACAUUGGACAAUUGUGGAUGAAAUACGACUUCUUAGAUGGGCAUCUGAAUUCAAACCGGCCGGAAUUCAUAAGCAUUUCCACAUGUUUUGCAUAGUGGAAAGAAUGAAUUCGCCAGAUAAGUAUCCAGUGACGCUAUUACAGAAAGAAACCAUGAAGUUGGGGAAGGUAUUUACUGCAAAAGACAUAUGGGAUAAGUUGAGCCAAUCUUACAAUUUAGAGAAAAUUGAUGAAAUGGAGAAUACAUAUUCCUUGGAAGCCACUACAGAGAGUUCACGGAAUGGCAAUGGAAAUGGUGACGAUGCAGAAAUUCAUGAAGAAACUUUACUUGAAUUGAAUAAUCGAAUAAGAGUACGCAAGCAAGAUUUUACAUUACCUUGGGAGGAAUACGGUGAGUUGAUCUUAGAAAAUGCAAGAAAAAGUCCAAACUCUAACGAAGAGUAUCCUCGAGUUGAAGAUAUGAAUGAGAAAGAUAGUACAAUUCCAAAGGAAAGUCCUUCUACAGACCUAAAGAACGACAACAAUAAACAGGAAAAAAAUGCGACAAUUAAAGUGAAAGAGUUGCCUGAAUAUCAUACAGAGGAAAAUGAUAGCCCCAUAGACGUCCAGAAAGAACCCAUUAAGGAGGUGCAAAGCGAUGAAAAGGAACUCCAGAGGGAACAUAUGAGUGAAGAAGAACAGAAAAUGAAAAGUACAAAUAAAACAGCAGCUCCAGUAAGAAAAUCUCAAAGGUUGAAAAGAAGUAAGGAAGUUAAAUUUGAAGAUGAAGAAAAGGAAGAGAUAGAAGAAGAUAAUACGAAAGACGAAGAACAGAAAGAAAAGAAAGAGGAGAUCCAGGAGCCAAAAAUAACCCACAAUGAAGAAGUAGAUAAGGAAAAAAACGAAAACGAAGAAGGUGAUGAUGAGCGUGAAAAAUCCACCUCUUAUGAAAAUACCAAUGGCUCUGAAAGCGAAGGAGUUGACGAAGGAGUUGACGAAGAACUGGGAUACGAGUCUGAACGUGAGGCAGAAGGUAAAGGAAAACAAAUUGAAUCAGAAGGGGGCAACUUAAAGAAAAAAACGGAAAACAAAAAAGGAGAUGAUCAACAGGAUGAUACCAAAAAGGAUUCUAAGGACAAAAAUGAACCAUUAGCAAAGAGAACUAGGCAUUCAUCAUCCACAGGUAAUACUAGCAAUGAAACCUCGCCGAAAAGGAAAAGGCGGAAGGCAGGCUCUCGUAAAAAUAGCCCUCCUGCCACAAGAGUUUCCAGCAGGCUACGAAAUAAAAAAUAA